AUGUCCACAUCAACCACUGGGUCGGCCGAAGACCUCGGUGCCAAAGUUAUUGCUGAUAUCUGCGAGUUUACCAGGAAGAGGGUUCAAGACGACGUUCUACGGGUAUUGAAACAGCUGCGACAUGAGUCAUUGAAGGGCGGGGACAAAUACGACCCUGAGACGACUCGCUUCUACUGUCAGCAGCAGAAGGUUUUCUUCCAAGGGUUAGAGCACGACCUAGUACAGAGCCUCCGUCAUGGACUUCCAAAAGCAUUGAACUGUUUGCUCGACGAGCUCGAAGAGGAGUCGAACGCUAGCAGCCAGCAGACGACUCGAUCAGAGCACACACCUCCACCGACACCACUCGCCGUGUCGGCCGAACUCCCCUGCCCACCUGUCGACUAUGAUUCCGACUCUCCAUUUCCAAGAGCCCCAGUCGCUCCCAUGUCCACUCCUGGCCUUGGGCUGGAUCUUCCCAGGAGAUCCGCCACCCCUCAAGCACCCGAGGACCAAACACACAACCAGCGAGACAGGGGAUUUUCUCCCAGCGUCACUGUGAUGGGGAGCCCAGUCAUGCAAUCAACGGCGGGACCGUCGCAAGAGAAGAGACCACACGAUCAAGAAGAGGCACCCAAAAGACCCAACAAGCGGUCCAGAGCUUCCAACCAGGGUUCCGCCGCCCAAUUGCACUGGGAUGGAGGUAAAGAAGUGACCAUGAGCCAGCUGCCCGUCGACGAGUGUGUUUUCACAAGAAAAGACCGCAUCGGCUUUUACGUCUUGCGUUGCUGCAAACAUGACAAAUGCAAGAAGCCCGGCUGUGACUUCUUUUACUUUACAAACCAUCCCUAUCACGAGAAAAGGGCGUAUGGGCAUUUUGUGAACAGAAUGCACAAUCGGAAGAACCUUCAGCACGUUUUCAACAGAUAUGCCGUCAGAGUCAUCGACGCAACAGAAGAACGUAACAUCGGAGACAAGAGUCUGCAAUACAAGAAAGACAGCCACGCCGAAACUACCCCAGUCGUCGAUGCUAGCUCUUACUUCGCAUCGCCACCGAUCAGUCCGCUGACGUCUCGCGACAAGGGGAAACAGCCCGAGAGGCCCAUCGAUAUGAAUUUCAACAAUCCGACCAGUUUUGGGACCUCGGGCGCGAGGUUUACCCCGUACGACAAACAGCCCGAGAUAGGGGGCGCCGAUGGCACCUCUACCCCAGCGGCGGAGGACCAGGCUCGCCCAAUCAAGCAACAGGAAGAGAGCGGAGGUCUGUUCGUGACCCCUUCUGUCUCGGAUGAACCAGAAGCAUCUCGUCCGGUGCCUGUGAACACGCUUGACGAUGCUAUCGAGAUCGCCGACAGCGACGACGAGGAGUUUCCUUCUAUUUGUAAUCUCUUCAAGCGCAUAGGUCAAAGGUCAAAAGGGUCAGACUAUGUGUAUUAA